UAACUACACUGUACAGUUUGACAGUGUUACAAUUACAUAAUCACCGCAAAAUUACCUGGACAACCAUUGAGAAAUUACGUAACAAAAAGACAAUCAAAUUAAGCACCUGUUCCUUAAUAAUGAAUCAUACAAUGCUGAACUCGAAUUAAGUUAUCGGUAAUUUGUAUUCAAAAAGCACAUCGCUUGAAUUUUUAGAAUUAAAAUUUACAAAAUGAUCAUUUGAACUAAAAUAAAAAAUAUCAAAAUUUCAUUCACCCUUUUUUAUUGGAUUCAGCUGUAAAACAAGCGAUUGAAAUUUUCCUUUUUAAUUCUCAAUCGAUGACCGUUGUUGUAAAUCUUGCUUUGUUCACAUAAUCUGACUCAUUUUUACAAUACCUCAGGUCAAAUAGGAACUGCCCUUCUAAACAAACCAGGCUUCCACGUCAAUGUAGGUUUAAUCUCAACUUCAAUAAGCCUUUUCAUCUUUAUGCAUAUGGUCAGAUUAAGCAUUCUUACUUCAAUACGGUUAAGUCUUGAUGAUACUUGAAUCAAAUGGAAAUUAUCUUUGUCCAUGAAAAACGUUUAUGAUGGUGUCGAAUUGAGGAUCAAGUCUUUAAUUGAUAGAAAAAACGUCGAAACGAUUUACAACCGAAAAACAAGAUUUGUGCAGAUCUACGAGCAGUCGAUUACAGGGCCAUAAUUUAAACCCAUUGAGUUGAUUCAUGGUCGACGAUUUAUUGUCCAUGAAUAAUUCACGAUCCCAGGAAUAAAAAAAGCAUCGACACUUGAAGCGAAUCGAAGCGCCGUUGCGAAACUGCAAAAGGAAAUUAUAUUUAUUAAAUCCAAUUUCAACUGCUCAUUCCCAGUGACCAAAGGUUAUUAAUAAAGUCCAUUUGGUGAAAUAAAUAAAUCCGGCCGUGACAUUUACCCAAAAGUCUACAGGGUUUAUAAACUUUAUUUGUUGUGAUUACAAUCUAAAUUGCCAAAAUUUUAUAGCCAGACAGCCAAGGUAAUUGUGGGUUAUUGUUCAACCGGUUGUUGUUAUUGAUUGACAAAAAGUUAAUUAUUAUUUUCACAUUAUUUUCAAAAACCCAGUCUGUCCCAAGUGAGUAAAAGUAAUUGAACAAAUUUAACCCAAAUUUCAUCAAAAUUUGGCCUCGUAUUGUUCAACUGUUUUGCAGAAAAGUUUAUUCUUUUGAUUUGCCCUUUCUUUUACAUCUCCGUAACCGGAUUUUAUCAAGAGCCGCGCUGGUACACAUUAAUCAUCAUCUACAUUUUCCAGUUUUUGGGUCAAAACCAGUGUAAUUCCAGUUGAAAGGUAAUCAAUACUUUACUGGGUUUUCACCUCUCAAAUCGGAUUAGGAGAUAUUAAGGAGUUUUCUUAUCUUUUUUGUUUUACAAUACUGGGAUACCUGAACCUGCCAAUUUCACUGCAUUUACGUGUAAUUUGCCCAUUGAAAAAUUGUCAUUUUGGUUAUUUUAUAUUCCAUUUUUGGUUAUUUAUAAACUCCGAAGAUAACUUCUGUAGGCCUCACUGGAUUACAAAUAACACACAACCGUUAUUUAAAAAAAUACUACGAAUAAAUACUAAUAAAAAAAUUUCGAAUUUUUCAAUAGAGGUGACUAAUCAAUCAUCUAUCCAGCUUUUGUUACCUAAAAAAAGUUCAGGUCUGCUGAGUCCCUGAGGUGAGCUGAUCACGCUUGUAAACCAUCGAAUUCAAUAAAGUACCGCUUGAAAGAUUAUAUUUCGAUAAUUCAAUUCACCCAAAACACCUUUCAGCUCAGAACAGUCCCCCUCAACACUAACAGGAAAAGUUAGGCAUAACACUAAGCUAAGGAUUACAUAAUACCGGUCUCAUUCCAGCACCUUUCAACGUAAUUUUCUAACCCUUGUUACUUUUAUUACGUAAUAUUGGAUCUGAGAUUAUUUCAACUUGAAUUUUAUAGCCAAUUUACUUUUGGUAGGUUCUUAUCAAACAGAGACGUUGGUUGGAACCCCCAAAGUUUCUGUGGAUUUCGUGACUCAAUGUUUAUGUAGUUUCGAGGAACUUAUUUGCCUAAUUAACUCUUAAUACAGGUGACAACAACAUUUUUCAAGUACAAUUUAUUCAAAAUUUACACGAUUUUGUCAGAAUUUACAAUUUCAGCUGUAUUUGCUGUACCAAUUCCUGGCUAGGUUAUCUUAUAGGAAAACAGCAGAGUUUACCGAGUAAAGAAUUUAUUCCAACAAUUAUCGGCUUUAUUUUGAUCUCGCAUUGUAGUGGAAAUCAACAAAGUCCCAAAUCAUCAUCUUUAGUUAAAAUUUUAUUAUAGCAAUUAUUGAUUUUUCCCUUGGUGCUAAGCAAAUUCUCCAAAAUGGUUACCUCACAAAGUGUUCGGCAACCAAUUGUCAUCAGCUUUAUUGGUAUUUUAUGGUCAUGUUCUAUGUUUUUAUCGACUUUGGCCAGCCAGGUUUACAAAUGUCACGAUUUUUGCGUGUGUAAUUCUCAAAAUGGGAUGGCAACUGCGAAUUGUGAAUUCCGAAACAUCGACCAGAUUCCGGCAAUUAUGAGAAUUGACACGAACGACGAAGAACUGGGAGAGCUUCUUCUCACAGGGAACUCAAUUCCGAGGCUUAACUCCAAUUCCUUCGACGACUACCGGUUCUUGAAGAGCCUUCAGCUAUCGACGAAUUCAAUCAGCUUUAUAGACGACUCGGCAUUUAAAAAUCUCCAAUCGAUUGAAACAAUCAACUUGAACUUCAAUAACUUGAAAGAUUUACCGGUGUAUAGCUUCAUUAAGGCCAGGCCAAGCUCGAGUGAUGCCAGAAAUCUGAAGAUCUCGAUAUCACACAAUCCUAUUCCGUGCUCCUGUGAAAUAAAUGCAAAGCUAAACACUAUCAAAAAUAUGAACGAAAAAAUUGAGCAAAUUUUUGUCACUUGCGACGACAACUCAAAUACAAUUCAGGUCGAAAAGUAUGCUGAAAAAAAUUGCGAUGAUCCUAGCGCAAGCGUGGAUAACGAGUAUACAAGAGCCACGACUAAAGUAGCCCCAACACAUGUCAAAAUGGACCCUCCUGAAAACCGGAUUGAGGACUCGGGCUUCACGACUCAAGUUACUAGCCCGCCGUUGAAGACUUCGGUUCACCCGAAUGCGAAUGGAACUGUGAGCUACCCGACUUUAAAUCUGGAAUCGGGCGAAGUUACAAUAAAACUAUGGCAUCUUUUGGUUCUAGUUGGAAGCGCAAUGCUAGCUUCCAUGUUAGUGAUUCUCGUCUGUUAUUUAGCCGUCUCGCGACUCUGUAAACUCGGCAAAGACGACAACCAAUCAACGUCACCGAGGCGUUCGCUUUAUCUACCAAACUCCAACACGCAAGAUCUUCAGUUCACAACUUUGAAUCGGAUUCACACAAGUCAAAGCAACGGUUAUGUUCCAGUCGGUCUUUACGACAACUUACCGCUCACCGGAACAGCUUACUCAACUCUGUCUCGGGGUCCUUACGACUCAUCCGAGUAUAUUUUGGGCAACGAUUUGCAACGAAGAAGUCGAAACAGUUCGCAAAUAAGCGCUAGUGGGAACUUGCUUUACAGUACCGAUAACGUCAUGGCACCGACUUGUAAUAACAUUGAAGAUUUUCCCGAUUUCACCGCAUCCUGUGAGGUAAAGCCGAGACUAGUUCCGAACGGGCACAUCGAGGCGAAGUUCACCGCGAACGGCAAGCUCCCAGAUUUUUCAGAUGUCAGCAACGCCAACUACAUUCGACCGAAUCGGGAAAACGAAUUAUUUUUCCUUGACCGAAACGAUCCCAACUGUAGAACCAAUUCUAACUAUGUCAAUUUUGGUCCAAGAGAGGACGAUAGCUCAGAUUGGCUUCAUAUAUAAACAUGAAAAAACCUUUUGAAAAAACUUUAGACACUUAUUUUGAAAAACUGAUUCGAUUGCUUAGAUUAAAGCUUUUAUACGCAUUGAUUUUGGUAUUUUCGAACAAUCAGCAAGAGUAGUUAAAAUAAAUAUUUAUAAUCAAAAUUUACUGAUUUGAAAAGUUUAUGUAUUUUACUUAGUUGAAU